AUGCCUCUCUUCAUCAACCGAAAUCAGAUAUUUGCGCACCAAGUACAUCUCUUGGAGCACAAACUGCGGAGUAAAGAGGAUCGUAUUUUAGAAUUGGAGACUGAGAACGCUCUUCUCCACUUGAGACUUGCUGAGUGUAUGGGGAAACUCCGGCGGGAACUUGAAGAGGAUGCCCAGGCCAAAAGGCAGCUUCAGCAGCAGAGAAACCUCCAGAGAACCAGCCACACAGCUCUCACCAAACUCAUGACUCAAGUUCAGGAGCUUAGACGGGAGCUGAAGGAGGUUCGUGCACUGUAUACGGAUUUUUCCUCUGAAAUGGAAAAUAGAAGCAAACAGGUUUUGGAAAGUGUGGACUGUCUCUGCUGUGCCAGUCAGACUCUUCGUGGAAAUGAAGUAGAGACUUUGCAGGCUCAGGUUGCUGCUCUAGAGCGCACUCUACAGGAGGAACAGGAGAAAUGCAGGACAGAGAAAAUGAGAAGGCGGUUGCUCCACAAUGCCCUGAUUGAGCUACGGGGGAAUAUCAGAGUGCAUUGUAGGGUCCGUCCUGUUUUACCACUUGACGGCGGUCAGGGGACCUCCUCUGUAUCUGGGUCGCCAUGGUCACAGGAGGUGGUCCAAGCAAUCAGUGAUGACACUGUACUUGUCAACUGUGCCAAAGCUGGUAGCCCCAUAAUGAACAAAAUGUUUGAGUUUGAAAGGGUGCAUGCUCCAGAAGACUCUCAGGAUGCUGUGUUUGAGGAAGUGAAACCCUUGCUCACCUCUUUGCUGGACGGGUAUAAUGUGUGUAUCAUGGCGUAUGGGCAGACAGGGAGUGGGAAAACACACACCAUGAUUGGCUCUCAGGAUUCCAGUGGGCCAGAGCAGGAAAACAUGCAGGGUAUUAUUCCUAAAGCAGCCGCUGAGCUGUUCAGACUGAUCUCAGAACAGCCUGAGGGCACUCAUACAGUGGAGGUCUCUGUGGUGGAGGUCUAUAAUAACGAGGUUUUAGACCUGUUGGCCAAAGAUGAGGAGGGAGCAGCUGUUGGAAUGAAGAGGGAUGUGAUUACCACCAGCACUGGCACCAGUGAGGUGCCCUGUCUGACACACGAGUUGGUGCAGAGCCCUGCUGAUGUCCUGUGUUUGCUGAGUGCUGUACUGAGGUUAAGGGCUCAGAGUCCCACGCUGAUCCACACAGACUCUUCCCGAUCGCAUCUCAUCGUCACGCUCACUGUCACCUCCAGGAGCCCCAAUGCGCUCGCACUGGCUCGCAGGCUGCAGAGGGUCAGACAGGACACCCAGCGUGUGUCUCAUAGAGAAUGGUGGAGCCCGCGCUGUCAGAGAGCAGCCUCGUCACGCCGCCCAGCGGAAGACCACACCCUUAGCCCAGCUUCUAAACGACGUCCAGCAGGCGAUCGUGCAUACAGCCCGACCUCCUCCCCAUGUCUCUCCCCCUGUCACUCCCCAUGUCCCUCCCCACGAUCAAGCAUCUCACAAACUCCCCUCAGGACCAAACUGCAGCUGGUUGAUCUGGCAGGAAGUGAAUGCGUGGGUGUGAGUGGAGUGACUGGAGCGGCAUUAUGGGAGAGCUCCUGUAUAAACCGCAGCCUGUCAGCUCUCUCUGACGUACUGGGAGCCCUGGCAGAGCAAAGACCUCAUGUACCCUACCGCAACAGCAAACUGACACACUUACUACAGGACUCCAUUGGUGGAGAUGCUAAGCUGCUUGUGAUGUUAUGCGUGUCACCUGCUCAGCGCUUCCUGUCAGACUCUUUACAGACUUUGGGCUUCGGCUCCAGAGCUCGACAGGUCCAACGACAGACACCGAACAGAAAAAACGCUGCCCUGAAAAUGAAAUAA